GCACGUGCAGACGGAUCGCGUUUCGUAAAUGGCGCUUCAAGACCUCAUAAACGAUUCUAGUUAUAUACGUUAAGCGAAGCGUUUUAGGCAGUUUGGAAUACACAGGAUAAUGCAUAUUUUUUGCGAAAGAAAACAAAGUGUAUAGUGAAAAACAGAUUCAAUUUUAAAGUUUACUGCUGGUUUCUUACAAGUUUAAGCCAAACUGUGUUCGGUGUAAAAUUUCAUUCUAAUUGUAGUGAAGCAGUUGCUAGCCCUUUUGCUGUUGACUGAUACUUUGGAGGCCUUCAUGGAUGGACUGGAGGAUACGGGUGACCCAUAUUCUGCUGAUUAAUCAUCACACAUGAAGCAAGAGCAAGACCACGACAAUGGUGACUAUCAGCCGUUGAACUUCACCGACAUACCGAACUAAUAGCGACUAUGAAGUAUACCAAGGCCAUCAGUCCACCGGAUGAAUAUGUGUUCCGUUUCUCAGAAGAGUUACGCAAAGUAGCCGAAGAGGAACUAGGCGAAACAGAUGACCGACGGGAACAUGCGCUCGCGAUAUUACGUGAUUGGGCAGAGAAGAAUCCGCGCAUUGCCAAAAUCAGAAUGGAUGCCGUAUUUCUUCUGAAGUUUCUGCGAGCAAAGAAAUUCUGCAUUCCAGUCGUACAGGAGAACAUUGAGAGGUUUCUCCUUCUGAGGCACACUAAGGAUGAACUGUUGUUCAAGAAUCUUGACUGCCAUCAACCGAAUCUGUCGAAAUUAUUAGACUUGGGUUUUAUGUUUGCUCUACCGAAGCGCGAUAGAAACGGGCGUCGUGUUAUUUUCUAUCGCCCGGGAGUCUUCGAUAUGAACCAAUUUACCAACGGAGACAUGCUAAGAGUAGCAAGUAUUUGUGUUGAAACACUGCUUGCUGAUGAAGAGAAUCAGAUUCGCGGAGUAGUUCACGCUGGUGUUGGAACUGGCAUUGGAUUGCAGUAUUUAACAUUGUUCACGAUUAAGGAAGCAGUCAGGCUGGCUAAAAAUGGUGAGCGUUUGGUCCCAAUGCGACACCGAGAGAUGCAUGGUUGCAACAUAAAUCCAGCGUUGAAAAUCGCCGUUGACUGGGGUUUGUCGUUGAUUUCGGAAAAGCUUAGAAAUCGGGUUCGAUUAUACACAGACAUUAAGGACAUUCAGAUGGAUAAGAGUUUACUGCCGAAGGAAUAUGGUGGAGUGAUGCCAGCUGUUGAAAUGAUCAAAUUGUGGAAGGAAGAAGUGGAAGCUUAUCGAUCUACACUGUUGAAGGACGACGAAAUGGCUGUACAUUUGUACAUGUACUCAGAGGCUGCCAGGAAUGGAUCAGUCAGUGCUUUGAAACAAAGUCUGAACGGUUGCUCGGCGGCUAGCGGGGAUAACAGCACCUACGGACUGGCAGGAAGUUUCCGGAAACUGGAAGUCGAUUGAUGUUUACUCAGUAUUUUUAUAUGAACUUAUCGAGGUGCGUUAAGCCUAACCAGAAAUUGUUGUUCAAAUCUCAAAAUUUACACGUGUGUUGUAGAUAAUUUCUUUUAUUUUGAUAGAUCUGCUAGCCUAGCUCCAUUAAGUUCGAAACAAUCGAAUUAUUGAAUCGAUGAUUUUUUAGACAACCGAAAUUUAAUAAAAGCGAUCAAAACGUG